AUGAGAAGACGUAGUACACGUAAAACUAUGUGCAAGAACACAAACCGCGUCGUCACAACAAUCGAGACUAUCCCGAGAGAAAUUGCUAGUGAAAUUUUGGCUCUAGUAGCGACGGAUUCGCUAACAGAUAUAACGAAUGUCAAGUUGAGCUGCAAAGUAUUGAAGGAAAUAGCUGAGGAUUCUUACGUAUAUCGACACGCAUCUCUCGCUAAGUUUCCAGUUGUGCAAUGGAAGUCUCAAACUGAAGAGGAAAAGACUUUCUUGAAUAAGUGCUGGGAAUGUAGAAAUCCAGAAUUCCUAUAUAGAAAAGGAGUGGUUGAUUACUUUAGUCGGAACCGGACGGAAUCGGCUUCGGAGUACUUGACGACUGCUGCAAGGUUAGGACACGUCGGAGCAGUUUAUGUGAUCAGUAUAAUCUUUCUAUUUGGCGACGAUGAACAGAAACAGAAGGGAAUAACUGUAUUAAGUGAUAUGAAGAAAUCAAGAGUCUUCAGAAAAAAGGUGAAGCAUUGCCGCAGAUUUCUCAUCGAAAUAUUGAGGAUGAUUUGGAUAAAGAAUUCUCUUAUUAUAAAUCAUCGGCCGAUAUGCUGUACCCGGAAAGAUCAGCAUGCGAAGAAACAAGGUUGGCCUGCAACUAAGAUCGAGGAAGAAGAUAUGUCGUGUGAAGCUUGUACAUGUGAUACAGAACUUGCUUUCAUAUUUGAUGUGCUUCCUAGUACCUUGUAA